GGGCGGAGCUGCGAGGGGACAGCUUGGAGUCUGGAACCCGGUGCGAUGUAUUUUGUAUAGUGUCUGAGAUUAAUUCAACCAAGAACAUCAAAAUGAUCCUUAACUCUUCUACUGAAUAUGGCAUCAAAAGAAUACAAGAUGACUGUCCCAAAGCUGGAAGACACAAUUACAUAUUUGUCAUGAUUCCUACUCUAUACAGUAUCAUCUUUGUGGUGGGAAUAUUCGGAAACAGCUUGGUGGUGAUUGUCAUUUACUUUUACAUGAAACUGAAGACUGUGGCCAGUGUUUUUCUUUUGAAUUUAGCACUGGCUGACAUAUGCUUCCUGCUAACUUUGCCACUGUGGGCUGUCUACACUGCUAUGGAGUACCACUGGCCCUUUGGCAACCACCUGUGCAAGAUCGCCUCAGCCAGUGUCAGCUUCAACCUCUAUGCCAGUGUGUUUUUGCUCACAUGCCUCAGCAUCGAUCGCUACCUGGCUAUUGUUCACCCAAUGAAAUCUCGCCUUCGCCGCACAAUGCUUGUGGCCAAGGUCACCUGCAUCAUUAUCUGGCUACUGGCUGGCUUGGCCAGUUUGCCAGCUAUCAUCCACAGAAAUGUAUUUUUCAUCGUGAACACCAAUAUCACUGUUUGUGCUUUCCAUUAUGAGUCUCAAAAUUCAACCCUCCCCGUAGGGCUGGGCUUGACCAAAAAUAUACUUGGUUUCUUGUUUCCUUUUCUGAUCAUUCUCACAAGUUAUACUAUGAUUUGGAAAGCUCUAAAGAAGGCAUGUGAAAUCCAGAAGAAUAGGCCCAGGAAUGAUGAUAUCUUUAAGAUAAUCAUGGCGAUUGUGCUUUUCUUUUUCUUUUCUUGGAUUCCCCACCAAAUAUUCACUUUUCUGGAUGUGCUUAUUCAUCUGGGCCUCAUCCAUGACUGCAGAAUCGCAGAUAUCGUGGACACUGCCAUGCCUAUCACCAUUUGUAUAGCUUAUUUUAACAAUUGCUUGAAUCCUCUUUUUUAUGGCUUUCUGGGGAAAAAAUUUAAAAAAUAUUUUCUCCAGCUUCUGAAAUACAUUCCUCCAAAGGCCAAAUCUCAUUCAAGCCUAUCAACAAAAAUGAGCACACUGUCCUACCACCCAUCAGAUAAUAUGAAUUCAUUGGCCAAGAAGCCCAUGCCUUGUUUUGAGGUGGAAUGA